AUGAAAAAAAGCGCCGUUUCGACACAAAAUUGGCUUGAGCAAAUUGUUGAACAAAGUCAUAUAGAUUUUCAUGAUUAUGAUAAAUUUUCGGAAAUUGAACCUAUUGUUUCAGGACCUUUUGGGGAAAGUUUUCGUGCAGCUUGGAAAUCUCAUGGAAUGACCAUUAUGUUAAAAAGAUAUAAAGGAAAUCCUGGUACUGAUGAUAAAUCUGCUAUAGAUAAAUUUAUUAGCGAGUUGGAACUGUAUAAAAAAGUUGAUCAUCAUCUUAAUAUUUUGAAAUUUUAUGGAAUUACUCAAGAUGUGUGCUCCAAAAAACAUUUUUUGGUAUUUGAACAUGCAGAUGGUGGCACUCUUCGCCGAAGUAACGAGAGUAUUUCAAAUAACACGAAACCAAGAACUCGAAGAUCAUCCUCCGAAGGCAAAAGUACAUCAUCUUCGAGCGUUGGUAUUUCCAAUGAUUCACUAAAUGCUAUUACUGAAAUUCAGACUACUGGAAAAUCUAAAAAACUUGGAACAAUAAACACUGAACUAAGUAAUUCGGUUUUUAAUGGAAGAAGACCAUCACAUUCAAGAAGUAAUUCAUUUCACGAGAGUAUGUCAACUCCACCAACCCCAACAUCUCCAAGCUCGAAUGGAAGUAACAAGAAAAUAAUAGAAAAUACAGAUUCGGUAUUCCUAAAGGAAUUAUUGAAAUUUUUUGCUGAAAUGUUAGAAUUAAGUGGUGAUUCUAUUGUGAUGAUUUCUAAUAUCAAAGAAUAUUUGCACAAUCGAAUGAGAGAACAUAAGUCAACUUUUAAAACUCUGAAUCAACAUAAAGAUAAUCCACAAUUUGGACCAAUCAUAGGUUUUUUUUACGAAAACUCAAUCGGUACUGUUCAAGAUAAACAGGCUGCCUUCGCUUCUUAUCAGAAAGCUGCAGAUAAUGGUGAUCCAAUAGGCCAGUAUUUUCUUGGUAAAUGCUAUCAAAAUGGAAACGGUGUGACAAAGAAUGUAUCUCGAGCAAUGAUGUACUAUAAAUUAGCUGCUGACAGUGGAUAUUCUCUAGCACAAACUAGGAUUAAUGGCUUGUCAAAACAGAGAAGGCCAUCAUCUGUUUUAAAAGUUAGUCCAAAAUGA